AACAUCUUCAGUCAAUACGACUUUAUUUUAAUGCUUUGACGGAUUGCAGUGCGUUACGUCCGAAAUGGAGAACUUUUGCUCGCUAAUCGAGCCUCACGAAGAAGCGAUUGUUCAGCGAAAUUACAUCGAUAAAUAUGCUAGCUUUUACGGCCUUUGCAUAGCUUCGUUCUACAUGACUCUUUUUGCUCUGUUCGCGGGGCCUAUUGUGUUGGACCAGCCACUCCCAGUACUUGCCGAUUUUCCGUUCGACGCGUCUCGUCAACCGCUGAGAGCUAUUACAUACGUACAUCAAAUUGUCGUGGGGUUGCAAAUAGCCGCGCAGUUGUCAGUCAACGCUUUCAUGGCACUGCUGCUCUGGCUGACAUCUGCGAGAUUUAAAUUGUUGACCGAGGAUAUACGAGCAAUCACGAAUAUCUACGAUUUCAUAAAGUGCAUCGAGAAACAUCAACAUUUACUUAAAUACGCAAGGGAAAUUGCUCUUACAGUCCGUCCUUUUGCAUUGGGAACUGUGUUUUUUAGUACCGUGUCGUUGAUAGUAUUUGGUCUUAUUAUGAUUGCAGGAGCAUCGUUACCACUGAAAAUUCAAUUUAUCUUCUUAGCCUUCAGCGCAUUAUCGGAGGUAUUUAUGUAUGCGUGGCCAGCCGAACAUUUAAUUCACAUAAGCAGUGACAUAGCGCAAGCAGCAUUUGAAAUGAACUGGUACGAUGAAUCAGAUAAUUUCAGGAAGAACGUGCAAAUAAUUAUAUUAAGAAGCCAGAAACCAAUAAUUGUUGCGUUGCCAUGUGGUCUACCUUCGCUAUCUUUACAUUAUUACGCAUCGUAUUUAUCAACUAUAUUUUCCUACUUCACUACAAUGCGAAUGAUGUUCGAAGAGCAAAACGAUCAAGUUUAAACAAAAGAGUGUAGUUUCGAUAAGUUUUGAUGAAGAAGAGUUUUUUCUGCACUGUAUCAUAUAAAUUAUUAAAUUAUUGUAUUAGUAGCUUAUAAAUAGGUAGCUUAUUUAGAUUAAAUAUUACCGUAAAAAUUCUCUAGUAAGAUCUCGUAACUUGAUAAGGUAUAUAUAGAUUAUGCCAGCAAAUUUCGUAUUGUACCAGGUCUGUAAAUAUGAAACCGGA